GAGGAAGGAGUAAACGCAUGCGUUAACACGUGAAUACGCCGUGUGGACCGCGAAGAGGCGAAGAGGUGCGCGCAGUCGAACAAGCGUGUGAAAAACGGUUGUAUAAGUAACUGGUGCGGCUAUCAGAGAGCAAUCGUAAUAUCUGAAUUAACGAGGCAGUACAGCGCGUGACAGAAUUUUCAAUUAAACAAAAAAAAUUCACGCUGCAUUCGCGAUCGGUCGGAUUCCUCGGAAAGAAAAUGUCCGUUGAUUUUACUCUUGACGGACAGACUUAACAUUUACCCUUUUCGUGUGCCCUUCCGAUAAAGUGGCCAUUGAUAAGAGAAACUAUGCAUGUUCCUUUAUGGUAAUUGUGCGUGAUAAUUAUCUCAUAAAAAACGUGUUUUGCAAAGAGUGAGAGCCCGAUAUCUCUGGAACGUUAAAUAGGUACACUCUGAGACUGACAUAUCUGCGAUCAUCUUGACGGGACCUUCCGUUUGGUACCUACUUUGUGACCAAAAUCGAAUGCGAAAAAAAUGGGGCCGAUCUUGUUCUUACUCUUUCUGUGUAAUUAAUAAGAUCUCUUACGGCGACUCUUAUUGGGACGUUUAAAAGGACACUAGUACAGUCGGUGGAUAACAAUGGCCAUAGCUAAUUUCAAAAGAAUGAUUAAGGAUAGAAUUCCCAUUUUAAAAUGGUUACCGCGGUAUAAACUAACGGAUGCACUGGGUGAUCUUGUUGCAGGCUUCACCGUAGGAUUGACCUUGAUACCUCAAGCGAUAGCUUACGCGGGUUUAGCGGGCUUGGAGCCGCAAUAUGGACUUUACAGCGCGUUCGCGGGAAGUUUCGUGUAUAUCUUUUUGGGCACGUGUCGAGAAGUCAACAUCGGUCCGACGGCGCUUAUAUCUUUACUGACUUGGACAUACGCAAGUGGAAUUCCCGAGUACGCGGCCUUGCUUUGCUUCUUGUCCGGGUGCAUCACGAUAUCACUCGGCAUUCUGCGCUUGGGGUUUCUGAUCGAAUUCAUAUCGAUACCGGUGGUGUCCGGGUUCACGUCAGCCGCGAGCGUCGUCAUCGCUUGCAGUCAGAUAAAGAAUCUGCUGGGCCUGAAUAUCCACGGCGAGAGCUUCGUCGAGAUUUGGAUGGAAUUGGUGCGCCACAUCGCCGACACAAAAAUACCGGAUUUGAUUUUAUCAUGCUGCUGCAUCCUGACUUUACUGUUCCUGAAGGUGCACCGGUUGAACUGUAUUCGGGGCAGAAACCGGCUGCGAUUGAUCGCGUCGGUUUAUCCUUCUUUUCUUUUGCAGUACUUGAAAGACAGAGAGGUCGCCGAUACCAAGCUGAGAAGGUUCCUCUGGACGAUCGGCACGGCUAGGAACGCCCUCGUGGUCGUCCUCUGCGCGGUUGCGUCUUACAUCUUCGAAACGCGCGGCGGGGCGCCGUACGUUCUCACGGGUCACAUCAACGCUGGCCUCCCGACCGUCGAACCACCCUCGUUUUCGAGAACGGUCGGCAACCAGACUGAGACUUUCAUCGAUAUGACGAAGAACCUCAAGUUUGGCCUCUUGGUCAUACCGCUCAUCUCUAUUAUCGGAAACGUCGCCAUCGCAAAGGCUUUUUCGCACGGCAUGCCGUUGGACGCCACGCAGGAAAUGCUGACCCUCGGACUGUGUAACGUGGUCGGCUCGUUCUUUCAGUCGAUGCCCGUUACAGGAUCCUUCUCGAGAAGCGCAGUGAAUAACGCUUCCGGCGUCAGGACACCUCUAGGUGGCAUCUACACGGGUAUUCUAGUCAUACUUUCGCUAAGUUUGCUGACUCCGUACUUUUAUUACAUCCCGAAGGCGACACUGAGCGCUGUCAUAAUUAGCGCGGUGAUAUUCAUGGUAGAAAUUGGUAUGGUACUUCCAAUCUGGAGGUGCAGCAAACGUGACCUAAUACCGGCGUUUAUCACGUUCCUCGCUUGUUUAUUCGUCGGAGUCGAGAUGGGUAUUUUGAUAGGUACGAUAUUCGACCUGGCAGUAUUGAUUUACCUCAAUGCACGGCCGACGAUAAAUAUCGAACGUAGAAAUAUCUCGACAAUCGAUUACUUUUUAGUCCGGCCUACCGCUGGAAUUUUGUUCCCCGCGGUGGAUCACUUGAGGGCGUAUCUGACGAAAAAUCCCGGCAUGAAUGUCGUGUUGGAUUGUGAACAUAUUGACAAAAUAGACUUCACUGCCGCACAGAGUAUUAAUAUGACGGUAGAGGACUUCAGGAAAAACAAUUGUCAAUUAAUAAUGCUGCGACCGAAUCCUGAUAUUUUAACGAGUAUACAAUCGCUAUCCGACAAGCAAGUCUUGAUGGCGAGAAACGAAAUCGAUCUAAUCGCAAUUUUAGGGGAAUCCAGAGGCACGACGCGGGAUGACACGAUCGUCUCUAAAACGAAUGAACGGACCUCUACAUGGCUGUGAUAUACGGUAUACCUUAAGUAUUUUAUAAACGUGCGCGCGUAAAAAAUGAAAUGUAUUAAUUAAAUAAGUUUGUAUUAUAUAUAUUUUACGUGUGACUGUUUCUAUACUAGUGUUGUUACCAAAUUCACACAAAAGAUGCUAGGAUAUUAGAAUUUUCGUCUUGAAAUGUCUGUCAUUUCUGUUAUUACGCGAAACAUAGGACAAUUAUAAUAUACAUCUAUAAACACAUAUAUAAUAAAUUAUAUUGUUAAUACUAAAGUUAAAAGGCACAACAAAUAAAUGUUUAAAAUAUGUUUGUUAUUUUUAACUAUUAUCUGAAAAUAAAUAUAAAACGUAUCUGGUUAAAUAUUUUUAUAAACAUUUGAUUGCAUAUUCUUUGUUAGAUGCCUCAUCUUGAUGAACUUGGAAUUUGUAUGCUCUGAAAGUAACUUAAAACAAAUAGAGAUUUAUUAAGGGAUUGACCAUGUGACGUAAAUUAACAAAUGUAUUAUAGAAUUAUCAAAA